UACCAACACUGUCAAUUUAGCGUCUACGGAGAUAGGUGCAUUCGUUUUCCGACUUUGAAAGAGAAUUUUCAGCAAUUUUAUAAUUAAAACCAUGUCGCCGAAGACUAAAAAAAUGAUCGUCAAGAUCCCGCGCCAUCCCUACUUCAAUGUGCAGGGCGAUCGGAGCGUGGAGCGCGAGGUGGAGUACCAGGUCCGAAAGUGUCGCGUGAAUCUGGAGCGAAUCAAGUCCUCGACUUCUCCGAGUUCCCGUCCAUUCCCGUUGAAACCAAAGCCCAAGAGAUGCAUUGUACGUGUGGCCCGACUGCCGGACGUAGAGCGCAGCGAGAUUUCCGUGACCCCGGCCAGUUCCAUCAUGAAUUCCGACAUUGACGAGAGUAGUAGGUAGUGCCAGCGAACAGGAGUCCAAUCUGACCAUCUAGUCGCCUCAUAUUUCAAGAGCAAUCAACGCAUCCAGCUGACAAACUUCUAAUCGCACUGGCAGUCACAGAGUACCAUGUCCAAGAUACUCCAAGUAGAUGUGCGGGGCUAUCCUUUUCCUGAAUAUAUAUGUAUAAGAUCCUCAUAUAAGACUUUAUGCAAAUCAAGCUCGAUUUCUUAAUACAAACUCGUGCGUCAAAAUCAA